CUCUCUUGUUUUUUCCACUCCAAAGUCGCGAUUGAAAUCGAGUUCAUUACUGUUCCAACUCAAGCUCUGUUCAAUUGUUUUCGUCUCUGGACUUCUUCUUCCUCUCCUGAAGUUUCUCUCGGGAAUCGAAAACUGGGAUUUAUAUUUUUUUUUUAAUUAUGCUGGGUAGGUUACUAUUCAGUGUUCAUUUGUGUGUUUCGCUAAGGAGAUUACACUUACAUGAAUCAGUUCAAUGAAGUUGAAAAAGUUACUUGUUCCGACGAUUUCACAAUCUGGGUUUCGUAAUUCGGAUCUCAAUUCCACAACUUACUUUGUGUGUAUUCGCUCGCUGCUACAUGGGGGAAAUUCGAGGGACCCAAAUGCCAACGAGUCAGCAUCAUGUCGUUAGAACAGACAUUUCGGAGUUAAAAUCUCAGAUCGAGAAGAAGAUUGGUCGGGCCAAAACUGAGACCUACCUUUGUCUCUUGUCAAAAUUCUUGAGCUUGAAGAUCAGCAAACCUGAUUUCGAUAAGCUAAUCGUUGCGACGCUGAAGAGGGAGAAUUUAUGUCUACACAACGCUUUGCUGAGAGGGAUUCUCAAGAAUGUAUGUUUAUCCAAGACGCCUCCCUUGAUAAAGAAUGGUGUAGCGAAGAAGAAGCAACUUAAUGGGGUUCUUGAGACGGGUCUUGCUUUCCAAUCUUUGUGCAAAGACCUUCCUAAAUCGCCUCGCAAAGGAAGGACUCAGCGGAGGCUUAAAGAUGGUAAUGUUGUUAGCAAAGGGAAGAGUCAAAUUACUGAGGUUGUUUCUUCUAGCGGUAGGCAACAAUGCUCUAUGGAAGAUGGUGAAGAAGUUGACCAGUUGAUUCGCUCUUGGAGAAGUCAACCUAUUGAAGCUCCUUUUGGUUCUAAUUUUAGGGAUGUGAUAAAGAAACAACAUCGUAUUGGCACUUGUUACUCCUCUGGCGAGCUUCCUGAUUCUGUUUCUUUAAAGAAGAAACUCGAAGAUGGCUUGGGGUUGAUGCAGGAAGGUUUAGAGGUUUCGGUUGGGGUUUCUAACUUGUUAAACGCAGGCCUCGAUGUUUUCUUGAAGAGAUUGAUCAAACCGUGUCUCGAAUUUGCUGCUUCAAGGUCUAGUAGCCAAAGAGAAGUAUGUUCUUCGACUAUUGGUUUAUCAGCAUCUUCUCUAGUAGAUUUUCAAGUAGCCAUGGAGUUAAACCCGUCAAUACUCGGGGAAGAUUGGCCUGCGAAGCUCGAGAAGAUCCGGUUAGCCAAACCAGACAAGCUACUAACCCUAUAACUAGAUAGAUGUGAUUCUUCCAUUACAGAUUUUGUGUUCAACUUCUUUAGAUUAUGUGUAUAUAUAUGUCUUGGUUUAUGUUUAUUUGUAUGCUUAGGUUGGAUUUUUUUUUUAAUAAGAUAGCAUUACAGCCAAGAUAAAUAAAACAGCGGUAUAAAAUUGUUAAUGUUUUUCAAAA